UGUCCCAAGCAUAAAAAUGCACAAAAGCCCUGCAUAAUGGAUUUUAACUAGAGCCAUGAUGUUAGUUUGAUCAUAUCCACAACCUUCUCCAAGCGUACUUGUUCUCCGCUAAAAACAGCAGCAUUUCGCUGAUCCCAAAUGCACCAAAGAACGGCCAGCCAAAUGCUUCUCCAAGCUAGUCUUUGUUUUUUAUUUUUGCCCCAAUGCUCAUGAUGGAAAAAAUUAGUGUCAUAAGCUUUAUGCAGUACAGUCUCCACACUCAACCACUCAUAGCACCCCAUCCAUACCUUAUAUGUGAAGUCACAGCUAAAAAACAGAUGGGCUACCUCUUCUAUAUGCUGAGAACAGAAGAAACACCGGCCAUCAUUGUUGUCGCCAAGAUCCACUCCCCUCUUCAAGAGAUUAUCAAGUAGAUUAAUUCGUUAAGUUUUUUAAUUUGUAAACUUUAUAUUAUGUUGUGUAGUCAUUUCAUUUUUUCACAAUUUAUUCCUCAUUAGCAUUGGCUUAGAGUCUUACGACCGACGCUAACUUCAGCACAAAAAUGUUGGCCACCUUAGGUUAGUUUCGACUUUUUAACUUCGUUUCGAUGCCAACGCUAUUUGAAUUAUAUAGCAUUAUAUUGUCCUUUUCUCAUUAGCUGACUGAUAUUUAGCAUUUUUCUUGUAGUGCUAUGGCUAGCCAUUUAUUUAAACACAGUACACAGUAGAAUCUAUGUACCAAAAAAAACACAGUAGAAUCUGGCUAUGCUGUUUGUGGCAAACAUGAGAACCAGACAAUAUCUGCGAAUCAAGACCAAAUUAUGACUUUUUAUGACUACUUGCAUAGUUUCAUCAGUUCAAACAUAUAAUUAACCACAUUCAAACUUGAGAUUGAGUAGCCCCCUUUUUAAGUGAAAAAUCGUACUUUUUAAAAUUUACUUUUUAAAUAAUUUAUUCAUCUGUUUUUGAGCUUUCCUGAGCUUUUAACUUACCAAGGAACAAUAUAAUAAUCAAGAGAACAGGUGUCUGGAGCCUAACUUUGACUUGGUUUUGGAGUUUGAAACCCUCUAUAAAACUCAGGUUCUUGCUAGUUAAGUUUUCUCUCUUUCAGUUGUUAAACAAAAGAAAACUCAUGAGGAGAAGAAACACUGAGAUGAAGAAGUUCAGAGUGCUCUCAAGCCUUUUACUAGGAUGUCUUUUUGUCAUCAUGACUGUCUCAUCAGUAAGAGUUUCAGGUCAGGAAGUGAACACAAACAAGCUUGAUGAGGUGACUGGAAUUACAACUAUGUCUGCUCAAAAGGAACCAUUUGAGAGAAGUGGUUAUGCUCAUAUGAGGAAGCUAGGGUUUGGAGGAAAGAAACUGACCAUGCAUCAUGAAGAGAUCACAAGUAUGGAUGCUAAUAAGGAUGGAAAAGGAGAAGAUGGAAGUGGGUCUUCAAAGAUUUCAGCCGGUAAGGAGAACGAUGGUUUGAAGAAGAUUUUCCGAAGCUUACAAGAACAAAAUCAUGAUCAUCAGAAGCACAUGAUAAUGGGCUCAAAGCCGCAUUUGAAGAUCACCAAGCAUGUAAUUCCAAGGAGUAGCCCAAAGUCUGAACAACAAAAUUCUGAACAGCCUCUAAGCACUGCUGAAAAAAAUGAAGCCCAAAGUGUUGUGGACGCUGCAAAUGAGGUUGCAACCCUGAUGUAUAAGGAUUAUAAGGGAAGACCCAGCCACAAGCCACCCAUCAAUAAUCAUGUGCCUGGAAAUUAAGGUCGAUGUAUCCUAGCUAGUUAUAUUUCCAGGCUCACAAUUUUGUAUCAAAAGUUGCUAACAACAACUGCACCUAGUGGCCUGGACAUAUAUAAUAUAGGUUAAUUUGCUUUAUAUCAAAGUAUUAUCUGUUAACAAUAGGCAGCUAUAGGAACUAAAGUGUUAAGUGUUGUUCGUUUCUUCCCAUAGUAAAAAAUAGAUAUAUGUAGAAUAAUGUAGAAGGUAUGCAGUUUGAGUA